CAGAGGUGCAAGAGAAGAAAGCGAACGAAAUGGUAGGCAUUGUCACUGCUGCCACUUGGAUUUGAUUUGUGUGCGCUUAUAAGAAUAGCCAACUAAGGUGGGGCAUGGCCUACACCCAUUCUACACUCGCCUCCUUCCAAAACCGCACCCUCCACACACCUCUUCCUCUUUCGCCCCCUCAGAUUCAAAAGACCUGUCCCCCCGCUGAAAGCGUCGAUGGCGGAGACCAACAACAACGUUGCCGUCGAGGUCCUUGAAAAAGAGGAUCUUGCCGUGUCCCUGGCCAAAUACGUCGCCGAUCUCUCCAACAAAUUCACUUCCGAAAGAGGGGCUUUCACUGUUUGCCUGUCUGGCGGCUCUUUGAUCAACUAUCUCCGGAAGCUGCUGGAACCGCCUUAUGUUGAUACUCUUGAAUGGUCCAAAUGGCACGUGUUUUGGGUGGAUGAGAGAGUCGUGCCCAAGACUCACGAAGAUAGCAACUACAAGCUUGCUUUGGAUGGACUUCUCUCCAAGGUGCCAAUUCCCCCGGGCAAUGUUUAUGCAAUCAAUGAUGCCCUUUCAGCCGAGGGAGCGGCCAAUGAUUACGAGACAUGUCUCAGACACUUGGUCAAGAACAGUAUUAUAGCUUCAUCGCCAGCCAAUGGAUUUCCAAAAUUUGAUCUAAUGCUGCUGGGCAUGGGCCCUGAUGGCCACAUAGCUUCUUUGUUCCCAGGCCAUCCUCUUGUGGAGGAAAAACAAAGAUGGGUUACCUUCAUUAAGGACUCCCCUAAACCACCCCCAGAGAGAAUAACUUUCACCUUACCAGUGAUUAAUACUUCUGCUUAUGCAGCGCUUGUGGUGACUGGCAAGGGUAAAGCAGAUGCAGUUCACUCUGUGUUAGGCAAAUCUCAAAAUUUUGCUAAGCUUCCUGUUGGAUUGGUUUCACCUGAAGGAGAGUUGAAAUGGUUCUUAGACAAAGGUGCAGCCUCAAAGCUGGCAGCUUAGCCAUGAUCCUAUAUGUUGUGCCAGUGUAUUUAACUAUUUACCUUUUUGCAAUAAUUAAGUGUGUAUGAGAAGAAGAGACAUAUCUAGUACUGAAUCUCCUUAUCUCAGUGAUAGUUUUGCACUGGAGAGGGUCCUUGGUCAUUUGUGACAAUAAAGGGAAUAUGAAGUUAGUAUUUUGCUUCAACAUUUCUAAUUUCUUCUCCACAGAUUUCCAAUUAAUGUGCACCAACCCCACCCUUUUCA